CAUCGAACCGAGGAAAUAAAUGUGGAUUUGUCAAAGGAUAACAGUCUGAUAGUGGACAUUUCGGAUGCACUAUCAGAACGAGAUAAAAACAAAGAAUUUCAGGUGAAAUACACGGUUCACACGAAAACGACUCUGCCGACAUUCGCUAAAAAUGAGAUGAGUGUUGUGAGAGAGCACGAGGAGUUCAUUUGGUUGCAUUCGUGUUUGGAGGAGAACGAAGAUUAUGCUGGCUUUAUCAUACCACCCGCACCGCCGAGACCGGAUUUUGAUGCGUCUCGAGAGAAACUUCAGAAGCUGGGUGAAGGCGAAUCGACAAUGACCAAAGAUGAAUUCCAGAAGAUGAAGCAGGAAUUAGAACAAGAGUAUCUGGCGACGUUCAAGAAAACAGUGGCAAUGCACGAAGUGNAUUUGGAUAGUUAUUCUGGUAAGAACAAAAAAGAGUAUGUUGGCUCGAUAUGGAAACGUUUCACGCAGUCCGCAGAUGAAGUGCUUCUGUCCGGACAGAAAGAUUUGGACGAUUUCUUCGAGCAUGAGCGCAAUUAUUUAGUGGAAUAUCACGCGCACAUAAAAGACGCCACUGCGAAAUCGGAUAAAGUUACAAAACUACACAAAAAAGAUGGUGAUGUAUAUGAAUUUGAAGAUGUGGCCGAAUCGUACGCAGCAGUUGCGUCUUCGUUGGAGAAGUGGGCAUUCCAAGAGACUGACCGUGAUAUGCAGAAACUGUUUGCGCGAGGAUCGGAUUUAUUUGAGACGUUGAAAAAACUUGAGGCGCGGGUGAGCACAGAUGAAGAGUUAAAGCUGAGCGAUACGUUACGAUAUUAUAUGAAGGACACUCAAGCAGCCAAGGAUCUGUUGUAUCGACGGAUGCGAUGCCUGGCCAAUUAUGAAGCGGCCAAUAAAAAUUUGGAACGUGCGCGAGGUCGGAACAGAGAUGUGCCAAAGGCAGAAGCAGAUCAGAGUGAAGCGUGUAAGAAGUUCGAAGUUAUCAGUGAGGUGGCAAAAGGUGAACUGCAAGAUUUGAAGAAGAGACGACUAAUCGCAUUCAAAAAGAACCUGAUUGAUAUGGCUGAGCUGGAGGUCAAACACGCUAAGGCACAAAUCAAUUUACUGCAACAAACACUGAAAACCUUACAAGGUGACCACGGCGCGUCGUUAUCGUCACCGAAAGGAGCUCAGUGA